AAAUCUCGCCGGGCUCUUCCGGGUGUAUUCACUGCUUUCAGAUCCUCAAAGUAAACACAGUAGUUUUAUUAGCAGUCCUCAGUUGUACACCGAUGUGGUGCUCCACCGUGAAAACCGCAAACCCCUCAGAUAUGACAGAGUUUUGUUUCCGGUUACAUGCUAACGCGCGAUGCUAACGUUAGCUUACUAAACUUGUGAGCAGCCUGGAGUUGUGGUGGAGUUUCUUCAGGUGAGCAGACGGAGGUGAGGAGGAGGAGAUGGGCUCUGUCCGCUGGGCUUUCCGGUGCGGCUCGUGGACACCGAGCAGGUCUGACUGGCUGUUUGCUGCUCGCUGUGUCCAGCAGGAGGAGAAAGACAGAAUCGGACAGUUUGUGUUUGCUAAGGAUGCUAAGUCAGCCAUGGCUGGCAGGUUGAUGCUGAGGAGGCUUGUGUGUGAGAGGAUGGGGAUCCCCUGGUCAGAGAUCAGACUGGAGCGAUCACCCAGAGGGAAACCUUACCUGGCAACACCACUGAAGGUCAGUCCAAAUUCAGGCCCCGAACCCCCGUCCUGGAGUUUCAACCUGUCCCACCAGGGGGACUACACUGUGCUUGCUGCGGAGCAGGGGCUGCAGGUGGGAGUGGAUAUCAUGAAGACCACUAUGCCAGGUAGCAGCUCUGUGCCUGAGUUUUUCCGCAUCAUGACUCGUCAGUUUACAGAGUACGAGUGGAGUGUCAUCCAAUCAGCUGGUUCGGAGCAACAGCAGCUUGCCGCGUUCUACCGCCACUGGGCCUUGAAGGAGAGCUUCAUCAAAGCCAUCGGCACGGGUCUGGGCUUCAAUCUGCAGAGGGUGGAGUUUCAUCUGUCCUCUGAACCGCUCACACAGAAAUGUGUGCUGCACCAGACCAAGAUGCAUCUAGAUGAGGAAGAAGAGGAGGACUGGACAUUUGAAGAGAGCUUGCUGGAUGCUGACCAUCACGUUGCUGUAGCACUGGGACCAUCCAACACAGCAGGCGCUGCACCUCUCCGUCCAUCUCUUCCUCCUCCCACCUCAUUUACGCUGCUGUCGUUCACCGACCUCAUCGCCUCGGCCUCACCUCUGACAGAGGAAGACCCCGUCUGCUGGGACGGUUUCAAGAUGAAGGCUGAAGCUCCACAGAGACAAAGAGAAAUGCACACGUCCAAAUAAACACCUGUCUAACACUGACACUCUCCUUCCACACACACACACCUUUCAUAAGUGCCGACAAAGAGACACUGACACUGAAGCUGCUUUCUUAUUCAACACAAGUCCAGUCAAGUCAAGUUUAUUUAUAGAACCAAAGAUCACAGGUUCGUCUCAGAGGACUUCAGAAUCCAUACAGCAUAUGACACCUCUGAUCUUUAGAGCCUCGGUUCAGAUGAAGAAAAACUUCACAAAAAACCCUCUACAUACUGGAUACACACACACGCAUGAUUACAAUGCAGUACAUGCAAACAUUUAAUGUCGGUCAAUAGAUUGAUCUUGUGAAUUGUAUUAACUUCCUGUGUAAUUUCAGGAUACACGUUGUCCAAGAUUCUGCAUUGAGCUCCUUUUUAUUGAUCCUUGUAUAACCAACAGCCAUCAAACAACACAUUUGACUGAAAGAAAUCUGCAAUAUGCCGUGUACAUGAUGUAUAAUAUGUAAUAUACUCAUUCAUAGCUAAUUCACAGGCUGUUUCAGAGAUGAAUAGAUGAUGGUUAAUUGACCAUAUUUACUUUGUUUUAGUCGAAUCCCUGUGUGGAUCGGAUCAAAUUAAGAGUUAGACUAAGGGACAAUGUCUGCGCAGGGUGUUAAUGACAGAAAUAUUUUUACUUGAGGAAAUAAUUCUGUCACCGUCUCUGACUCUCUGUGCAAUGCAGAGCAACAUAUAAAGCUUUUGAUAAAUACUGUACACGUAUAUUUGUGAUCUUUUCAGUCCUGCUCUCGCUCUCCUUUCUGGGUCCUGUCGCCUUCUAGACUUUGUCAUGUACAUGUGCACAGAGAUGGGUAAUAAUUAGGGAUCAAGCCUCAAGGGGGCAGAGCCUUAUUGAGUUUAUUGCUAUUGUUCGUUGUCUUCUGCCAUGAUUCAAAUUUUGGUGAGCUGGAAUGAGCUAGAAACAUGAAACUUGGCUGUAAUUAAAGCUCAAAAACGCAAUUUUGGAAGGCCACGUCCCUCACACUGUAGCUGAGAUUGACUUGGAGUUUGGAACAGAUAUGCUGCUCAAUGUGCCCUACAAAAAGCCUCUUGGACAUUAAAGUCCACCAUGAUGAAUUCUGUGGUAAUUUGCAUAAUAUAAAAAAUGAAUAGACUUUUGCGACUCUCAUUUCCACUGUAAAUGAGCAAGAUUGGUCAAAAAACAUGGCCGCCAUCAAUAAAUAUCUCUGACUCUCUCUCAUACAUUCAUUUUCUCUCUCCUGUCUUCCUCCUUAUCGCCUCCAUUUUAAUUGAGGACAUUUAGUCAUCCAUCGUGUCCUCUGUCUCUUUGUCUUCGCAGUUCACCUCUGCUCCACCCUUCUCUCUUAAGGACAGCUCCUAGGUCUGGUGUCAGUCUGCGUGGUUAACCCUCCCUUCUGCAUGGCAUUACUGAUAUCACAACUUAUAAUCAUAAGCUUUCUUCCCUGCACACACACACAAGCAAAUGACAAAUAAGAGGUCAAGUUACGAGUAUGUGCAGUCGGGUACGUGCCAUGUGCCAUGUUUGUGACUUGACACACCUCCCCUGCUCACCCCCUGAGGUGAACAGAUACAUAAACACACAGAGUGGCUGCUGCAGAGCGUUCGUCUUGUUACAGUAAUUAUUUUAGAGUAAUGGCUGCAUAGUGAAACCCAGAAGUUGUCUACCAAAACUAAAAUUACAUUGUGUAUUAUAUUUCUGACAGAGGAAUAUACAAUUGUCUGAACUGCCAUGACCUCACAGACAUGACCCUGACACUUGACUUCAUCUGGGUUUUGAGUAGCAUAGACAUGAGAUGUUAUGGAUCUGCUAUCUGACCCCACGACCUGCACACCUUCUGCUCAUCUUUGUGCCUCCUUUCUUGAUUUCUUCCACCUUCCUUUUAUCCUUUUGUUGUUGUUGCCGUUACUACUACCUCACCAUUCACUGUGCUCCUGUAACCUCAGCCUACUGGGAGAAUUACAGGGGAAUUAUGGGAAAUGAUGAUAUGGUAACCUGCUGUCUGGCUUCACGGAGGUCCUCUGUGUUUGAAUAUGAGACACACUCACACACACAAGUGAAGACAGUAUGUCAGAGAAAAAAGUGCAGUCCUUCAAGUGGAUGUAGUUGAGCAUGUGCAUGCACGUGUGUAUGCUGUGUGUGAAAGAAAUAGAGCUUGAAAACACACACAUGCAGUCAUUGCCUCCAGCUGGAGUGAAUUAGUUUGCCUCCUCGCCAUCUUAAAUCUUGUGUUCUUUGCAGCAGUGAAGGAGGAGAGAGAAGCAGCGGGGUCAGACUGGAGUCACACAGGCUUUCCUCUGAGAGAGGCCAUUUUUAGUUGCCUCAGGUUUACUGGCGUGUCAGAGAAGAGGCUUUUUUUUCUCAAUGUGGGAUGGAGACGAGAGUGCUCUGAGCAUCAGACUGAGAAUUUAUCCCGAGGAAAGACAUGAGACCUGGCUCAGCCUGCUGCUGAGGAUAAGAGUAAAGUUUCUCCCUUGGAGGAGGAGGAGGAGGGCAUCCUGUGCCACAUUUGAACUUUCAUGGGUGCACUUUUAAAAUUAGAUUCCUUUUCAAAGUUGCAUAAAUGUUUUUGAAGCCCCUGCUUUACAACUAUUAUUUCAAAGAGGGACACAGUUUUUGCACCAGCAGAGCCUGGUGUGUUUUAUUAAUUUAUUUUUGACAGUUACAGCCCUAACAGAUGCUUUGUGUUUGAAUUAAUUUCUGAAUUUAUUUUACAUAAUGUUAAUUAAACAAGGAAACUAUGUGAAAUAAAGUGGAUAAAAGAUAAAGUGAAAAGGUCUGAUUGUAGCAAUCUGUUUGAUAAGCUGAGCAGGUACAGUAUCCAUGGUAGAGACAUGGCUUUAGGAUGGGCAAAGCCUUUCUGGCAGAUAAAUGAGACAAGCAAUACCACUCUCAUUACCCACCUUAAAUAUGAGGCAAUCAACAUAGAUGGGGACACAGAGGACAUGUCCCCCCUCCCCAUUUGUCACCUUUGGACAGAGCCAGGCUAGCUCUUUCUCCUGCUAAGCUAAGCUAACCAGUUGCUGGCUAUGUCCUUGUAUUUCAUAGACGCUUAUGAAAGGUGUAUGAUCUUCUCGUCUAGCUGCUGUUUGGUCAUGGACUUUCCAUGUCCACAUAUGACGUGCAAGGUACCCUGGGUGCGUUGGUUGUUGACGUACUGGGACACAGUGACAAGUUCUGCCUGUUACAUGCAUAGUCUUUCAAAAUACACUUCCGCUUUCGCAGGAAAUUUAAUGUUUACAUACAGUCUCUUUCAAAAUAAACGCACUAUGUCGGUUCAACACUGCCAGUUGAUGUUUAAGCAAUGAAAACAAAUGGUUAGGUUUCAGAAAAAGAACAGGGUUUGGCUUUUGAAUCUUACGGGACCCAAACACUGCUCUCUCUGGUCAAAAUUGGGGUUUGUUGGACCCAUCCAACACCCCUCCCGCCUGCCACGUUACCCCCACAUUGCCGCCCACCACCACUAUAACGGCAACCAGCCGUGUGUCAUGUCGACAUUAAAGGAUGCCUUUUUUGUUGGUUUCUGAUGCUGCAAGUCACUGCCCAAGCACCAAAUUUCGACGACUUUGAAGUGAGACUGGGCUCACUGAGCAUGUUAGCAUAUCCAAAAAGCAUUUAGCUCAAAGCACUGCUUGUUUACUUAAGUAUAUUAGCAGGAGGCCCUCAGUUAUAUUUGAUUUCCAACUCUUGUUUAGGAAAGGGAGGGUGUUAAAUAUGCCCAGUUGUCAGGUUUAACAUUUUUUCUUAAACCACUGAAGUUGAAAAACAAGUUUUAAGCUGAAGCCUGAAGUGCUUCUUCUCCUUCUUCUUCUUUUUGCGUAUGGAUACUUGAUUCUUUGGGAGUGGGAUUCUACUUUGAUGUAGCUGGCAGCUUGGAGUCAGCAAAGAGUAGGUUGAUGUUACCCAGAGUGAAGCUUUCGUUUUUCAUAAGCGAUGAAUAAAUAAAAAAUUGAUCACAAAAAAAAAAAAAAAAAAAGCUUUCGUUUUUCAGUCCAAGCUCUGAGGUUCAUGUUUGCUUAGAUAUCAAACAGUGUCAUUGCUGCUGAUGAAGGAGGCUGGAUUCUGUGUGCCACUGAAAUAAGUUAUAAUUCUGGAUCACUUAGGCUGUUUACAUGUCAAUCUUUGAGUUUAUAUUUUUCAUGCUCUGUAAUGUUUCAUUUCUGACAUUGUGCAUCCUAGAAUAAACCCAGCGGUUUCCAGUGCAAAAUGCUUUGAAGGAGCCUUAAAAGAACACAUCGAUUAUGAGUAGCAUCAAGAAAUAAAUUCAACCCUACCAGAUUUUUAUAUGAAAUAACAGGUAAGAGUCUGGUAAGGGUGAAUGUCAUAAAUCAGAGUCAGAUGGGUAAACACAAGAGACAUGCAUCACUAAAAUCACAUUAGCACCAGUCAUGGCCCUUUGUCAUUCAUCUCUGGUUCAUUAAUCAGACCAUGUUCAUCCACGAGCGUCUAGCAAGAACGUUUAGAUCCUGUUUGAUUAGACUUUGUUUUGUAUUGGGUUUUUUUUUUGGUUUGUGCAUGCAUGUGUCUUCAGUCAAAAAGGAGUAUCACUAUUUAUUUUUCACCUGCUUUGAGACAUGCUUUGUGCAGCCCAAUGUGUAAUUAGAAAGCUAUGCCACAUUUGACACAGUCAAAACACACACACUCACACACACACACACACACACACUCAGGGCAGAUAUGCAAUACCUGCAGAACCCAAUCAGAAACAGUAGCACACUUGUUGGCCUCCUCUGAUCAAAGAUGCAUCCAUUGUGUCUGCUGCAGGACUAGAUAAUUGUUUAUCUAUGUGCUGUGUGUUGUGUGUAUGCGUGUGUUUAAAGCAGGGUUGGUGUCGGCAGAGAAUCACAGUGGAUAUUGUUAAGGUGCUUAGUUUAACCAUUUCUUUCCUCUCAGGUUAAUUAUAUAGUACCUUACUUUGUUGAUAAAUCUGUGUUGCAUACAAUUUUUGAAGUAUUUGUUUAUAAAGAUAUUGUUAUCUUUGUUUUCAGUUUGUAUUUUCAUGACAGGCUCUGUCAGCAUGUGAAUACAUAUCAUGUCCACUGACUGAUAGGGAUGUCAUAGUAUAGUAUGCUAUAAUUUAAAAAAAAAAGU